AGAGCUCCAGGGCGGGCCUCCCUACAGCGACCGAGGAUCACAGCAGCAUGAGCCGCAGGUCAAGGCAAGUGGGCAAGAUCCGGAAACGUCUAGAAGAUGUCAAGAACCAGUGGACCCGACCAGCCAGAGCUGAUUUUAGUGCCAAUGAGAGCGUCCGGCUGGCCACAGAUGCCCUCUUGGAUGGGGGUGCUGAGGCUUACAGGCACGCUCUCAACCAGGAAGGAGAGCUAGACUUUCUGUCCUCUGUGGAGGUCCAGUAUAUCCAGGCCCAGACCAAGGAACCCCCCAGUGCCCCAGAUCCAGCAGGAGGGGCAGAGGCGGGUUCCAAAGGACUCGACUCCUACUCUCUACAUUCGAGUACCUACUUCCUUGUGGAUUCGGAAGUCAGCGAACCAGCCCUGCUACACAACUGGACCUUGGCUGAGAAGCCCUACCUGAGGGAAAAGUCCAGCGCCAUUGUGUACUUCCAGAAGGACAAGCACAACAACAUCAGAGAUUUGGUCCGCCGCUGCAUCUCCCGGGCCAGCCAGACCCUGGCCAUCCUGAUGGAUGUGUUCACAGACGUGGAGAUCUUUUGUGACAUUCUAGAGGCAGCCAACAAGCGAGGGGUAGUCGUCUGUGUGCUUCUGGACCAGGGAGGUGUGGAGCUCUUCCAGGAGAUGUGUGACAAAGUGCAGAUCUCUGAUACUCAUCUCAAGAACAUUUCCAUCCGGAGUGUGGAAGGGGAAAUUUAUUGUGCCAAGUCAGGCAGGAAAUUUGCUGGCCAAAUCCAGGAGAAGUUCAUCAUCUCAGACUGGAGAUUUGUCUUAUCUGGAUCAUACAGCUUCUCUUGGCUGUGUGGACAUGUGCACAGAAACAUCCUCUCCAAGUUCACCGGCCGGGCUAUCGAGCUGUUUGAUGAGGAGUUCCGACGCCUCUACGCCUCUUCCAAGCCUGUGAUGGGCCUUAAGUCCCCGAAGCUAGCGGUCCCGGUCCCGAAGGGAGCCGCCAAUGACCGCCUCAGUUGCAGCAGCGGCUCUGCCAGUGGCCGCACCUCCUCCAACCCCUUCAGCAGCCUGUCCUCCGACAGCAAUCCCCUCAACCACAGCCGGCCCAUAUCCCCAAGGCCGGGCAGUGCCCUGACCCCCAUCCCACCCGCGGUUCCCAGGUCCCAGCUCUAUCAGGGCCCGCGGAGAGCCUUGGCCCCUCAGACCCUUUUGGUCCCCAUGAGGCCCCCCGAGGGAGCACCCCCUCUCUACAGCAGUUUCGUCGCCUACAGGCCCACCCAGCUGCAGCUGCAGCAGCUCAGCCUGGCGCCCAGGGCCAUUCACCCCUGGAGGCCGUUUUUACAGGCCUUGCCUCACUUUUGAAGG